AUGUCAUUUAUGAUUGACCAGAUUCUUGCAUCAUCAUCAUCAUCAACAAAUAAAAGUGGAAGAUCACCUCUUCAAUCUUUAACAAAUACUCUUAUGAAUAUUUCAACAAUAAAUAAACCAAAAGAACGACGAAUGUGGCAAUGUGAAAUGUGUCCAAAAGCAUUUGAUCGUCCAUCAUUGUUAACUCGACAUAUUCGUACACAUACUGGUGAAAAACCACAUGAAUGUGAUGUAUGUACAAAAGCAUUUUCAACAUCAUCAUCAUUGAAUACACAUCGUCGAAUUCAUUCUGGUGAAAAACCUCAUGUUUGUGAAAUAUGUCAUAAAUGUUUUACUGCUUCAUCUAAUCUUUAUUAUCAUAAAUUAACACAUAGCAAAGAAAAACCUCAUAAAUGUAAUCAAUGUUCGAAGAGUUUUGCAACACCAGGUGAUCUUCGUUGUCAUUCACAUGUUCAUAAUGGUACAUGGCCAUUUCGAUGUUCAAUAUGUACACGAGGAUUUUCGAAACAAACCAAUCUUAAAAAUCAUCUUCUUAUUCAUAGUGGACAAAAACCAUUUGAAUGUCAAUAUUGUACAAAAAAGUUCUCUUUAUCUUGUAAUCUUCGAUCACAUAUUCGUACACAUCAUAAUGAAUUACCACUAGAUUUUUCUUCAUCAUCAUCAACAUAUUCACAAAAUCAAUCGUUAUCAAUUGUUGACGAUGAAAAUGAAGAUGAUAUGAUCGAUGUUGAAAAUGAAUAUUAA